GAGAAAUUCAGGAGGAUGAGGGGGGAAGAGAGGGUGGGCGGACUGGUGGGUUUCAGUGGCGGAGGGUGGAGAGGAACGGGCUGCGGUUCAGACCCAGGUCCCCGCCAUGAGGUUCACAAGGCAGGAGAGAAACCACAACCACUAAGGAAAGCACAAAAAGCCAGUGUUUCAGGGCAGGAGGAAGCAGAAAGUCUGAGACAAGGGUGGAAGGAGAGGAAUGGGUGGGCAGGGCCUCAGCAGUGGAAGGAGCAAGGUUGAGGGAUGCUUAGGGAAUUCAAGGAAGGGGGAAGGAGACAAAGGGAAAAGUUGAGAGAGUGGGAGGGAGGAAGGGAGAGAGAAGGUGCAGGUAAGAGCAGCUCUCCCAAUUUGGUGUUGAGGACAACCACAGGACAGGGUUGGGCAGCCUCAGGCAUCCCAGGUGUGUUCAGCAGAGCUGCUCCACUGCCCUGGUCUCUCUGGGGGUUGGUCCCAGAGCACACAGAGCAGGAAGGCAGGGAGGAGAGGCGCCCUCUAUGGAUGGCACCCUGACAUACUGCUGUUCCCCUACAGGUCUGCAGACUAAAGCCAGAACUGUAGCCAGGGGAUCCUUCCAAAACACUGAGGAGAAAUAUGAGAACAUUGGGAUUAAAAGACAACAAACAGGGCCCCGGCUGGAGCCCAAGCUGGAGCCCAAGGUGGAGCCCAAGGAUGAAGCCCAGAACAACAGCGGCAUCCUCUACGCCUCCCUCACUCUCUCCAGCUCCUCAUCACUGGCAGCAUCUCCCUGCAUCCCUCCCAAGGAGAGGCCCCAGGAGGAGACCCUAUACUCUCUCAUAAAGGCCUGAUGAGUGGGACUGAAGGAUGACCUCCUUAGACUAAACUGCCCAGCGGGUCACAGCUUCUGAUAAUGACCCCGGCCAGACACAGAAGACUCAGAAGUCAGCAGGUGUGGAAGGCCACCAAGGACCGCAGAAAAACAGAGCCAUCUGCUCCAACUCCCUCUCCGCCUUCCCAGCCCUUGCCCACAAGAAUAAAAGUACCUAGAAUUUGCCCCAAGGCAUCUAAGGAGAAAACUGAUGGCACCUUCCACUUCUGUCUUUUCCUUCUCACCAAAAGUGAACUAUAAUAAAGAGUUCACACCCGA